GGCGUGUUUAGCUUCAACCACGCACAAUUCGUUCGCUUUCACCACUUCAACAUCUUUCACGCUCUUGCUCUCCUCCCAUUUUCAGUUUUGCCAUUUAGGACGAACAACCUCAAGCCCACUCCAAUCAUGUCAUCCAUCGCUGGAACUCGUGUAGCCCUCAUCGGCGCUGGAGCCGUUAACUUCGGUGGCGCCGAAGGCCCCUGGGAUCACGCCUCGCGUCUUGAGAAGCUUGGGGCCGUGAUUGUUGCUGUAGUCGACCCCCUCGUCGCCAAGGCCAAAGAAAAAAUUGCCGAACGUCGAGCCAACAAGGAGUUCACCCACUUGUGGGCCAACACGGAGGUGUACGCCGACAUCCAAGACAUGUUGGACACUGUCAAGCCUACGGCUGUUUUCAUCGGUGUGCCGCCCUCGUUCCACGGCUGCUAUAAGCACCCGCUGGAGCUGCAGGUCCUACGUGCCGGUGCGCACCUGUUCCUGGAAAAGCCGCUAUCGAAUGCACCAGUGGACGAGGUGACAAAGUACGCGGCUGAAGUAGAGGCGCUGCGCAAAGAGAAGAAGCUGGUGGUGUCCGUGGGUUACAUGUUCCGCUACUCGCUGUUCGGCGAGAAGAUCAAGGAGCUACUCAAGGGCAAGAAACCAGUGUGCCUCAUGGCUCGCUACAACUGCACGUACGCGAACAUCCCGAGCCCGUUCUGGUGGAACUCGGAGCACUGUGGUGGCCCCAUCGUCGAGCAGGCUACGCACUUUGCCGAUAUCUCGCGAUACCUCGUGGGUGAGGUGGACAUGGACACAGUCUACAGUCGCAGCGUGAAGGCCAGCCUCACUCCGGGUGAUAUCGGCUACUUGGAGAAGGUGCCUGUGGAUGAGACCGUCGUGCCGCCGCAGAACCGUGUGCCUCGUGCUCAUGUGGCCAACUGGUACUUCAAGAGCGGUGCGCUCGGCAACCUGGUGCACGGUGCUCUGCUGCAGGGCGAGGCGUACGAUGCGUCGGUUGAGAUCAUGGCGGAUGGGUUGCGCAUCGGUGUGGUGAAGCCAUACUCGGAGACGCCGACGCUCAAGGUGCUGCAGGGUGACAGCGACGAGGAAGUGACGUACGAGUUUUCCGGCGACGACAUGUACCUGACGGAAGAUCGCGAGUUCCUCAAGGCGGUUCACGGCGAGGGUGACGAUAUCCGCUGCCAGUACCAGGACGCUGUGAACACGUACGCGUUGACGUGCAAGAUCCGUGACGUGGCGCUGGCCAACUAAACUACGACUGGGUAGAUAGAUGCUAGAGCUUUAAAUGUGCUUGCUGUGACGAGUGUAUUGCUCAAUGAAUGUGUCAACUCCAGUUCUGUUAAAUAGUAGGCGCCGUUCGUUGAAACGCUCUUUGUCAAUCAUUGGCACGCAUUAACCUCUUUGCUAAUCCCUCGA